GCGGUCUGGGGGAAACACAGCCUCGAGACUCUUCCUGCUGAUGCAAUCUGUUAGAGAGAGAGCCGGCGAGCUCCGCUGCGGGCGGACCAGUCAGCAAUCCCGCCCGCCACGUGUGGCCGCCGCCGCGCCGGCCCGGUGCCCAGCCAUUCAUUCCCGCAGCCGCCGCCGCGCGCCCCGGUCGCCCCCGCCCGCGCAGCCCCGGAGCGCCUGGGACGCCCCGGGCUUGCCCUGCGCGCGGUUCCAGCGCUCUUCACGGCCCGCCGAACCAUGAAGGACUGCAGUAACGGAUGCUCCCCAGAAUGUACCGGAGCAGCGGGAUCAAAAGAGACGGUGGGGACUUUCAAGGCUAAAGAUCUAAUAAUCACACCAGCCACCGUUUUAAAGGAAAAACCAGACCCAGCGACUCUGGUUUUUGGAAGUAUUUUCACGGAUCACAUGUUGACCGUGGAGUGGUCCUCAGAGUUUGGAUGGGAUAAACCACAUAUCAAGCCGCUUCAGAACCUAUCAUUGCAUCCUGGCUCAUCAGCUUUCCACUAUGCAGUGGAAUUAUUCGAAGGAUUGAAGGCAUUUCGAGGAGUAGAUAAUAAAAUUCGACUCUUUCGGCCAAACCUCAACAUGGAUAGAAUGUACCGAUCUGCUGUGAGGGCCACUUUGCCGGUAUUUGACAAGGAAGAGCUUUUAGAGUGCAUUCAACAGCUUGUGAAACUGGAUCAAGAAUGGGUCCCCUAUUCAACAACUGCUAGUCUCUAUAUUCGUCCUACAUUCAUUGGAACUGAGCCUUCCCUUGGAGUCAAGAAGCCUACCAAAGCCCUGCUCUUUGUAAUCUUGAGCCCAGUGGGACCUUAUUUUUCAAGUGGAACCUUUAAGCCUGUGUCCCUGUGGGCCAAUCCAAAGUAUGUCAGAGCCUGGAAAGGUGGGACUGGGGACUGCAAAAUGGGAGGGAAUUAUGGCUCAUCCCUUUUUGCCCAAUGUGAAGCAGUGGAAAACAGCUGUCAGCAGGUUCUGUGGCUGUAUGGAGAGGAUAAUCAGAUAACUGAAGUUGGAACCAUGAAUCUUUUUCUUUACUGGAUAAAUGAAGAUGGAGAAGAAGAACUGGCAACUCCUCCGCUAGAUGGCAUCAUUCUUCCAGGAGUGACGAGGCAGAGCAUUCUGGACCUGGCACGCAAGUGGGGUGAAUUUAAGGUGUCAGAGAGGUACCUCACCAUGGGUGAUUUGACAACAGCCCUGGAGGGGAACCGAGUGAGAGAGAUGUUUGGCUCGGGUACAGCCUGCGUCGUUUGCCCAGUUUCUGAUAUACUGUACAAGGGUGAGACUGUACACAUCCCAACUAUGGAGAAUGGUCCUAAACUUGCAAGUCGGAUCUUGGAAAAAUUGACUGAUAUUCAGUACGGAAGAGAAGAGAGCAACUGGACAAUCAUAGUAUCCUAAAUGGAAAAUACAGGAUAUCAUCUGUGUGCUAUGGAGACAAACUGUCGCAGUUGAAUUACAAUAGAUUUCUUUGGCUACCUGUUUUUAGUUGUGCCUAAUGUAGUUUGUGUUAUUAGUUGUUACCAGGUGAUUGUUUCCUCAUGCCAGAGAAAAUGAAUUGCAAUCAUCAAGUGGUAUUUUGUAAACUCAGUGUUAAAAGCUUACUUCACCUUCUCUUCGAAAGAUGAUAAUGUAAGCCAUACGGCAUAGACUUUUCCUCAAUAAUCUUAGUUCCUCCCUUAUUAGUUUCCUCAGAUACAAAAAUAUUUUCUUCCUUAGUAUAAGUUAUGUUCUGCUCCUCAACCAAAUGAGUUUCUUUGUGUUUGAAAACUGAUCUGAGUAGAUUUCAUAGGUAAUGUUUCCUGUGACAUUAUCUUCAUCUUCAGAAAAUGGUUGUGGGUUUUUGUUUUGUUUUGUUUUGUUUUUUAAUAAUCAAGACUGAAAAACUGGUAUUUCUGCUUUCACAUUUUUCUUUGCAGGCCCCUUAAAUCCAUCUUAAAGAGUAGAUCUCCUUUCUUCCUGAUGUCACAGUCUCCUCCAGGCUCUCCUUGUGCAUCAGCAGGACCUGUGCACAUCUCCACCAUUGUCCUUUCCACAUUGUAUUGUAAUUGGCUGUUUGUCAGCCUCCAACACAAGACUGAGGCUCUUGUGCCUUUGAGAUCUUUGUAUCCCCCUGCCUGGCACAUAAUAGGUACUCAUUAAAUAAUGAAUGAAUGAACAUUUAGCUUCUAUAGAAGUGUACCUUCUUUGUUUCUAUAUUAUGAAACCUCUUUAUUAGAAUUUGUGGUUGAUUCUGACAUUGUGUCCAUUUACCUCACGUUGUCUUUAUUUUCCAGGGACUGCUAAGUCAUUAGAGAUACUCAGAGGCAUAGUUUGUUGGAGGGAUUAUUUCAUAUUUGAAGACUGCCUUGGAAUUGAAAUAGCAGCUCUAGAGAGGUCAUGAUAUCAUACCAACCAAAUGGAAAUGACCUUUGUGAAGUGUUAAAUACAUAUAUGUUACAUGUUAAAUACAAAAUAAAGAAUCAUAUUUAGCUUUUGGUAGAAAGCAAAGGGGUAUACUUUGAUAUACCUCAUUUCUGUUGAAUGGGGCUGGAAGGAUCACAUGGUUAGAGUACAGGAGAGCAAUUCUAGAUGAUCUUUUCCUCAUUUAGGAGCUGUGAGUUAAAAUUGAAUCCUGGUUUAUAAUUUAGGGAAAGUCAGUCAAACCUUGCUAGAAAACGUUUACCCUUGGAAGGUCAACUCUCAGACAUAUUUUGGUUUCCCUCAGUUCCAGUAACUUUCAUCUUGCUGAUCAUAUUUCAUUCUCUUUUCAGAGCAAGGGGAAAAAAGACCUUCUAAAAGUUUGAUGUGUUAGAAAAAUUUCCUUAAGGCAUUUAGCAGCACAUAGCAAAUGGGGCUUUGAUUCUUUUCCAAGACUUUUGGCCAUAGGGUUCUUUUAGAUAGGAAUGGUAAAAUGAAAAUUAGGGAAGUAUAUAAGAUGAAAAGGAAUAGUAAAAAUAUCUUUUAGGGGGCUUUUAAUUGGUGAUCUGAAGUCUUGGAAGUCUGUUCUUUUCAGGCCUCAGGUGCUUUAACUGUCCUCUGCACACUUCACCAAGUAGUGUUCUAAGGGUAUGCAUUUACCUUGGCUAAAUCCUGUGACCUCCUUUUUAAAGCAGUAGUCUAGAAAAGACUUGCAGGUAAUUCUAACCUGUCAAGUAGCACUUAAUAACUAGACCUACAUUUCUAUGAGAAAUGGAAGUCAUUUGUUUGCCAUAAAUACAUUUCACACUUUGCAUCUCUAAAUUUAGUAUGGCAACACAUGUCCGUUAUAAAAGUUAGAGAACAACAUGUCUUGACAUUAUGUCUCUAUGAUUUCUUUCAUCAAACCUUAAGAGCAUUUUAAGCCCUUUCUACCAGAUGGAGUGAAAACUAAGGAUAUAUAUUUUAAAAAACUGGAGGUCUCCUAAAACUGAGAGAGCGCAAUCUGCCAUUUUCUUAAGUAAUAAGACAGAAAAUUGACCUUGACACUAACUUGUUAAAUAGAUUUAAAAGGAACAUCUGCACAUCUUUUUUCCUUGUGCACUAUUUGUUUAAUUGCAGUGGAUUAAUACAGCAAGAGUGACACAUUAUAACUAGGCAAUUAUCCAUUCUUCAAGACUUAGUUAUCCUAACACUAAUUGAUCAUUUAUGGUGUAAGAUAGUCUAGCAUUAGGAACAUGUGAGGCUAAUCUGCUCAAAAAGAUCAACAAAUUAAUAUUGUUGCUGAUAUUUGCAUAAUUGGCUGCAAUUAUUUAAUGUUUAAUUGGGUUGAUCAAAUGAGAUUCAACAAUUCACAUGUGCAUGAAUAUAAACAGAACUGGUGGCACUUAGAAUGAUAAUGAUUAACUUAUUUUUCAUGUUCUCUUCCUCCCACUUCUUUCAUGUUUUACAUUUCAGACCAAGUUUGUCAGCUUUUUCCUAAACACAUUGGUAGAAACUGGGAUCUUUUUAUUAUUUUUUUAAUGUUUAUUUAUUUUUGAGACAGCAUGAGCAGGGGAGGGGCAGAGAGAGAUAGAGACAGAAUCUGAAGCAGGCUCCAGGCUCUGAGUUGUCAGCACAGAGCCCAACGUGGUGCUUGAACUCACAAACUGUGAGAUCAUGACCUGAGCCGAAGUCGGAUGCCCAACUGACUGAGCCACCCAGGUGCCCCGGUAGAAACCGGGAUUUUAAAAUGAAGUGUUCAGAUAUAAACAAAACUUGGGCAUUUCCUAAAGAUAUUUGCUAUUAGAAUUUUUUUUAUUGUUACAGUCAUUUAUUAAGGAUUCAAAUCAUGGAUACCCCAAAAGAAGCAUCAACUGCAGGGGUGUGUACCAUGCUCUGAAGGACCUGCAGCUGGCAGAAGUGAAAUUAAUAAUACCUGUUUUAACCUUUGCUUUCAAAAGUGCAAAGGAAAAGUAAAAGGGAAAGAGAAAUAAGCGAAUGAGAAAACUUGUUAGGAAUCAUGUUUUUUUUUUUCCUCCCUGGUAAACACCCUCUAUUCUUUUCUCAAAAUGUUGCCAUAAGGUAAAGGAAAAAAAAAAAAAAAAGAUGACAGACGAUAGCAGCAGGAAAGUACAGUGAACACCACUUACAUGCCGUGCAGUGUCAGCACUCCUGAAGUUUGGGAAAGCCUACGUGAGAUGCCCUAGGAUCAGGUUUAUUGCUCGAUGUUAUUGUACCUAAACAAGUGGUCUUGCUUCCUUCAAAUUGGCACUCUUGAACACUUGAGGCAAUUAAUGAGUAUGUUUUGGUCAAAAGAAUUAUAGGAGCCUCUUAUUAAAGCAGUAGAUUCAACUCCACGUUAGGGGGUUUUUGCUAUAAAAUCAGCUUCCAGAAUAAGCUUAUUUAUUCUCCCUAUUCCCACACAGUGCUCAGUUACUGUAUUCUUUUUCCUUAAAAAGUUCCUUUUUAAGAGCAUACAUUGAGUUUACCAUUACGAUUGGGAAAAAUGUAUUUUAGGCAGAAAAUAACAAUACUUGUUCACUUGUUUAUAUUUUCUAAAAUAUUUAGGGCAAUCAAUAUUCGUCAGAUGGACUAAAGCAAAGGGCUUAGGGGUCAGAGAAACAUUGUAAGGCUCACUUAUUUUAUAUUCAGAUGCUAAAUGUGAUCAAAGAAUUCUUCCUUGUAAUGUGGAUUUCUUACGUGUAUAUUCAGAAACUUAAGUUACCAAUAGUAAUGCUCAUGAAUAAUUAGUGGAUAAUUCAUAAUACCUGUCACUUUGUGUUUUUACAAGUAGAAUUUGUUCACCUGUUUUCCAGAUAUCUGCUCCCAACAGAGAGUACCAGCUUUUCAGUAAGGAUUACCUAUUAAUUGACAAAGAUCAUAGAGAUUAUAGUUAAUUUGAUAAAUGUUGGUUGAGUACCCACAAAUUUGCAUCUAACACAGCUGGUGGUAGGGAUUAGGAAGUUAGUUUUAGAAAAUAGUAUAUAGACAUUAUCCUCGUGGAGUUUAUACUCUACUAAAAUUUUUAGAUAAAAAAAAGUGUUAUUUAAUGCAGUUAGAUAAUAGAUGAUGACUAGAACACAUCUCUUAUCAAGAAAUCACAAUGAACAUUUCCAUCUCAUUUUUUAAGGAAAUUCAUCCCUUUUUCCAUUCCUUUCUUCUGCACAACUACUCGGUAGGAUUAGUAUUUAGAGGGUUAUUCAACCACCGUCUACAUGGCGUGAUUCCCUGUUGGUUUACCACUUACUUCCAACCUGCCUAGUACAUUUGAUAACUACAUUCUCUGGAGCAAUGUUAAAUUGUCAUGGUUCAUCUAACAAAAGAUCAUCUGAAAUUACAGCAUCCUUGCUGAUCUUAAACUCAAAGCCAGAUAUUAUUGAAAUAAAAUGUUCCUAGAAUGAGUUUUUCUGGAAAAUGUCUAUUAUGAAUCAAACUCUUUAGAGCUUUAGCUUGAAAAUGAUGGAUCCAGCUACUCAGAAAAUCACAAGUAGAGGACUAAUAUAACAAUGACUUUUCAUGGUUUGAGAUUUUAAAAGAAAGGCCAUUUAACAUAUUGCAAAGAGAUUCAUAUUCAUCAUGGCCAAAACACGCUUUAAAAAAAUUCAGAGGUAGAAGAAAGUGAUUUUUCAUCCUUAGUGUACAUACCACAUCAAAAGACUUCAGAUAUUAAUUUGGGGAGCUUGAUAAAAAACAUAUCAACAUGAUGUAAUAGUGUUUGUGGGUAAAUAAUUCUGUGGGAUCAGAUAGAAGUACAUACAUUUGCUUUCGUGAAUGAUUUGAAUGAAUGAUUCAAAUGUGAAUGAUGAAGGCAUGAAAUUUGGUAUUAGAAAAUGAAGCGGUCUUUAAAAUCUGGAUGCAGUUGAAGUCUUAAGUAAGCCUUUUUCUGUCUGGAAGUAUAUGUUUCAUACCUCUGUAGACCCUAUGAAUAAGGCUUAAAACUUAAGUUGUAUAAUGUUCCAAUUUACAGAAUCCACUGUUGGGAUGUAAGACUUGACUGCAAGCUGUGGUAUGAGAAUGAAUUAAAAUGUAGUUUCGAUGACAGAUUUCUCUGCACAUCCACUUUUAUAAUGGCUAGGUUCUAUGAAAUUAUGGGGCAAGAAACUUUUAAUUAGAGAAGAUGUCAGAAGAAGAACAAGUGAAGGUAGACGAAGAAACAGAGGAAAAAAGUCAAACUUGCUUCUGUGUUGUCCAGAGAAGCCUUGUCCUUAUUCGGCCAACCAUAGGGAUCUUUAGCAUUCAACGUAGGUGCCAAAUACCAAUAGUGCCGAGGAGGAAGAAGUGGCUAAGUAUAAGGGCCAGUUCAUUAGGUAUUAGAAUUAGGCCAUGAUCUCGAGAUAAUAACCUGACGGUAGUGUUAUAUGGAAACCACUGUACUACAAAUUUAGAGAAGGCUGUAUAAUUCCUUCAACUACUUAAGAUUCGUGAAGCUUCUUGAGGCUGAAAAAAUAAGUGACAAGGAGUACAUUGUGACUUUUGCACAUCGCCCCCCCCACCCCCCCCGCGCGCGCCUUAGAAAUACAGUUUACCGCCAUCCCCUUUUCCUUGGUGAAGGCUACCUGAUUUGGAAAUGAGUUGAAUAUUGUCAUUUAGUUUUUAACUAAAAUGUGCAACAUGCUGCAAUUUCCCCAGGUUAAUUUCACAGCAGUCAUUCUCAGGGUUAACAAAGGAAUGCAUAUAUCUGCCUCAAUUUUUACGUCUUUGGUAAGUUUUCUAAAAAGUGCAGGAAUUCUCUCAAGAGUAUGGCUAUAAGAUUUUGAAUGAAGUCUUAAAAAUAAGCUAGCUAAUCUGUAUGCAUCUGUAAAUUCUGCAGAUGUUUCCCUGGUGACUUAUGAGAAUGAAUGAUUCUGAAAUGGACUCAAGUGGCUAAUAAACAGAGCCUAUGUCACUGCUGAAGAGUUUGCACUUGCUUAAUAAUGGUGACUGAGAGAAAAUAAGUAGUUUGAGGAAGUAGUUUUUAAAUCGGAGUUUAUAGAUAGAAACAGGAGAAUAUCAGCUUAGCUCUGGAAUUUUUAGAAUAUGUGCUGUUACACCUAAAUCUAAUUGUAAUGAAAAAUCCCAACCAUUGAUUGUCUCAAAGUUCUCUAGUUGUGUAGUCAUUCUUGAAAUUCUCUUUAAGAAAAAUCAAGUGCAGAGAAAUAAACACUUUGUAAAUAAGGCUUGGCUUUCAUGAAAAAAUUGUUUAAAGAUUACGUUAAAAGAUUUAAACUCACUGAAAGUGUAAUCGAAAUGUGGAGAAUAACGUGGGUAAAGGAAACUACCUCAUUCUUUGAAGGUUUUGUAGAAGCACAAUUAAACAUCCUAAAAUGGCUUUGUCACUUAUGAACCAUCUGGUGUGAAAGAACUCUAUAUUUGUAAUGUCUAAAGGACCUGGAAUAAUUGUAUUUUUGCUGGCAAUAGACACAUUCUUUAUUGUUUGCAGGUCUCAUGAAAUCUUUAAUUACGCACUUGUUCUUGUCAUCAAUAAAACAACUUAAAGGAA